GUCGUACGAGCGCGAAGGCAUCGCACGAUCCCAAAAACACCAUGAUAAAAUCCCGUAGGAGUCUCCCAGGUAGACCCGCACGAGAUGCUCCCCGAGAAUCCUUCCGGACCAAAAACCACAACAUGCAGAAGGCGCGGCAUAUUAAUUCCAAACUUUGGACGACAGCUGGAGCAAGCAGCCGGCUUCGCAACGCCCGGAACAACACAAGAAGGACCGCCACCGAACAUGUGGGAUGUAAGGGAGGGGGGAUGGGAAGAGUGAGAAGCAAACAAUUUUUGCCGCGCAUCUUCGUUAUUCUUUUCUUGAACCAGAGACGAUACAUUGGCCGUUGAUACUGUUACCGCCGUGGAUGCUGCCAGCCCGGCUGUCGACCCCAAGUCUGUAGACUGGACAAAUGGCAUGAAAACAGCAUCCCGAGAUGUGGCCUGGUACCAAAACACUCUUAGCCACGUCCCCAAGAUCGCACGAGAGGUCCUGAGGGAGUAUUCGGGCAUUCCCGAGAACAGGAUGCUGGAUCACAUCCAUCGUGUUCGGGACCAAGCUUGGGAAAUCAUGCCUUACCCAUGCAUCGGGGUCUUCCGCUUCCUCGACUUCCCAGCCUGCCUAUCGCCCGCGUACGGCGAGGUGCUCUCGCGCGUGCGCGCCGGCGAGACCUUCCUGGACCUGGGCUGCUGCGCCGGACAGGACCUCCGGAAGCUGGUGCACGACGGGGCGCCGUCGGAAAACCUGGUGGGCGUCGACACGGAGCGCCGCUUCAUGGAGCUGGGCUACGAGCUCUUUGGCGACAGGGGCAGCCUGCGCGCCCGGUUCCUCACGGGGGACGUCUUCGACCCCGGCUUCCUCUCGGAGCUGCGCGGGCGCGUGGACAUCAUCUUUGUCGGCUCCUUCCUGCACCUGUUCAGCUUCGAGCAGCAGCAGGCCAUCGUCGCACAGCUGGUGCGCCUGCUGCGCCCGGGGCCCGGCUCGCUGGUCUUUGGGCGCCACAUGGCCACAACCGAGAAGGGCGGUGUCACCACGACCAACGCCCUGGGGUGGUCCUUGUUCCACCAUUCCGAGGACACAAUGGCCCAGCUGUGGGCGACCGCGCCCGAGGGUAAGUGGGAGGUGUCGUCGGAACUCGUUCAGUAUCAGUCUGAGGCGUGGGAUAAUGGUGUCAAGUGGCAGGGCGGCGAUGAGGUCAAGCAGCAAUACUUUUCUGCGAAGCGGCAAUGAGGAGUUGAAGCCCAUUUCUUUCACAGGGUUGUGUACAGCCGGUUGCAUGUAGACUGUCGACGGAAUUUAUGUGCACCCCAAUUUUCCCCCUUUGUUAAAGAGACCACACCACAAGUAGCUUGAGUACAAGCUGGAC